AGAGAGAGAGAAUGGGGGUGAAGCAGGCCCUAAAGAGCUUGGAUGCGUUUCCACGCGCCGAGGAUCAUUUGCUGCAGAAAACUCAAUCUGGGGCUUUUGUUUCUGUGGUUGGUCUAGUGAUAAUGGCGACAUUGUUUUUGCACGAGCUGACGUAUUAUCUCUCGUCAUAUACAGUCCAUCAGAUGUCAGUGGACUUGAAGCGCGGAGAGACUCUUCCGAUUCACAUAAACAUGACAUUUCCGGCUUUACCUUGUGAUGUCCUGAGUGUGGAUGCGAUUGAUAUGUCGGGCAAGCAUGAAGUGGAUCUCGACACAAAUAUAUGGAAGCUUCGCCUUAACAGUCAUGGCCACAUCGUCGGAACUGAAUAUCUGUCUGACCUUGUGGAGAAGGAACAUCACAAGCAUGAUGAUGGUAAAGAGCAUCAUGACAAGGAAAACCAUUUACAUGGAGCUUUUGAUACGGCCGCUGAAGAACUAAUCAAGAAAGUAAAGCAAGCAUUAGAUGAUGGAGAAGGAUGCAGGGUUUAUGGUGUUUUAGAUGUCCAAAGGGUUGCUGGAAACUUUCAUAUAUCAGUCCAUGGGUUAAACAUUUUCGUUGCACAAAUGAUUUUUGGAGGAUCUAAAAAUGUAAAUGUUAGUCACAUGAUUCAUGACUUGUCAUUUGGCCCAAAAUAUCCAGGGAUUCACAACCCUCUUGAUGGAACGGAGCGCAUUUUGCAUGACACCAGUGGCAUAUUCAAAUAUUAUAUAAAGGUUGUUCCAACCGAGUAUAGGUAUAUCUCAAAGCAAGUUUUGCCAACUAAUCAAUUCUCUGUGACAGAAUAUUAUUCCCCUAUGAAACAGUAUGAUAGGUCAUGGCCAGGGGUCUACUUCUUGUAUGAUCUUUCGCCAAUUACUGUAACUAUCAAAGAAGAACGACGCAAAUUUCUUCAUUUCAUUACUCGGCUUUGUGCAGUGUUGGGUGGUACCUUCGCUUUGACAGGAAUGCUAGACCGAUGGAUGUUCAGGUUUGUUGAAGCAUUGACUAAACCAAGUGCUAGAAGUGUACUUCGAUAAACUUUGGAGUCUAGAAUUACCAUCUACUAAAGCCAACCUCACAGCUGACUCAUGAUGCUUUGCAAGGUCAUGAAAUUCCCCGUUAGCAAAUGACCUUGGAUGUAAAAUGUGGAGGCUAGAGCUGGAUGCAUUGCUUAUGUAACUUAGUUUCUUGUUUGCUCCCCCCUCUGGUGAUGACCAAAAUGUCGAUUUGCAUUGUCAUCUUUUCUACAUCUAUUAUUUUUAUGGUUACAAGUUGCUGGGGAAGUUCAAGGUUGUUGUAGCCUAAUCAGUACACAUGAAUUCUUUAGACUCAAUUUUCCUUAGUUUUCAAUUAGGUUAUAUUCAAAUUUUGGUGAGAUGUGUUAAUGAGCAGUUCAUGAUUCUUCUUACAUAUUUGGUCGAUAUUACCAUAUCCGAAUCCAAGUUUUACCGUCUUAAGCACUGAUUUUAACAACCAAAAGCUGUGAAGACUAUCCGUGCUCGUACAACCAAGGCAGGCUAUUGCUGUUAGUCCUGUUAGUCC